UUGAUAACGAGCGCGGACGUGAACGUAUCAAUUAGCCUUUUGCUUUGGGAGACGUUACAUUGAUUUCGUCGUGGUGAAAGAGGGACUGAUGGAUUCCCCUCGGAAGGCUAAGAAGGCUAACGUGAAUCGAGAGCCAAAGCACAGCCAGAAUCAGUCAAGCAGGCCUCCUCAGAAAGAUGCCUAUGCCAGGCUUCUUAGUCAGCACCGCAGCAGCAAGUUCAGUUUGUAUCUAGAACAAUAUGCAAAGGAUUCGUCCUCUCAGAGAGAAGACAACGGGCCAAGCCCACAGCUCAAAGCCCAAAGUGACAGGGUCAGCAUACCAGCACGACAAAGGGACCAAGUGUUUAAUGAUUUCUCUGACUCAAGUGACUUCUCCCCUUCCUCUGUGAAAAGUAAAGGAGGAGAGAGUUCAUUGUCUUUGUACAUGGAGAAGCUAAACACUCGCAAUGUUCAGCAAGACUGCGAGAGGAGGCAAGGUGUGUUUGAUGGGCAGCGGAGGGGGCAGAGAAGAGAUACCGCCACAAGCCACGACGGAGACGUUGAGUCUGGGGAGGAGCUGGGUUCUUUAAAACCAAAUGAUGCAAAGAAACACCAGAAGCAACAGCGAAAAAACAAGGAUUCGAACAGAGAUGUCGUCUCAAAAGAGGCCGAUCAGCCUGGUGGACGUCUUCAGUCUCCUAAGAAGUCAAAGAAAAAAAAUCUGCCAAAGCACCCAGAAGAUGAGAAGAUUAGAGAAGGAACAUCAAAGUGUGGAGUUGAUGUUCAGAUGUUAAGUCCCAAGCCUCCUCAUGGUCGUGAUAAAAACAUAAAGCAGCCCAGAGCUUCAAAUGCCAAUUCUCCUGCUGACAAGGGUAAGAACAAAGGAGGCAGAGGAUCAAAGAAGCAAGUGUUUGAUGCUUACAUGACCUCUGAGGAGGUUUCCCAUGGUCUUAAAAGAGGAGAACUUAUUCAGGGUCAGCUCAGAAUAAACCCCAAGAAGUACAAUGAAGCUUUCAUUCCGUCUCCUGAUGAUACACGGGAUAUAUUCUUAGAUGGAAUUGUUGCUCGCAACCGAGCACUGAAUGGAGACAUAGUAGUUGUGCAAGUACUGCCUCGGGAGCAGUGGAAGGUUGUGAGGUCAGAUACUGACUGUGAGGGUGUCAGCGAGUCAGACACACCCACUGUGCAAACAGCUGCAAAGAAGACAAAGAGCACUCCCAGUUCUGCUGUUAGUGUGGAAGAGCAGUGCAGCGACCGGGAUGAACAAAACAACAAAUAUCAGAAUAUAUCAGGAGAACGUCUGGGAGAACCAUCAACACCACGUUCCAAUGGGGAGAUACUCCAAAAGACAGCUAAAGUGGUUUACAUUGUUGAAAAGAAACACUCAAGAGCUGCCACUGGCUUCCUGAAGCACUUGCCAGACAAGCCCUUUGCCUUGUUCUCCCCUGUGGACCACCGGGUGCCACGGAUUAAUGUUCCCCUUGCUGAUUGCCCUGAAGAUUUUAGUUCCCGUCCGGGUGACUACAAGAACACCUUGUUCAUCUGUCGGAUCACAGACUGGGCAGCGGACAGCAAUUUUGCAGAGGGUCGACUAGCCAAGUCACUGGGACAGGCUGGAGAAAUUGAGCCGGAGACGGAAGGCAUCUUGAUAGAGUAUGAGGUUGAUUUUUCUGAGUUCUCAGACGAGGUGUUGGACUGUCUUCCCAAGAAUCUGCCCUGGACCAUCCCACCUGAAGAGAUGAGAAAGAGAAGAGACCUGAGGAAUGAGUGCAUCUUCACAAUUGACCCAGCAACUGCCAGAGAUCUGGAUGAUGCCCUGUCCUGUAAACAGCUGCCAGAUGGCAACUUUGAGGUGGGAGUUCACAUUGCUGAUGUGAGUUAUUUUGUGGAGGAAGGAAACUCUUUGGAUGUCAUUGCCAGCCAGAGAGCAACUAGUGUCUACCUGGUUCAGAAGGUGAUCCCCAUGUUGCCUCGGUUGCUGUGUGAGGAGUUGUGCAGCUUGAACCCUCUCGUCGACCGACUCACUUUCUCCGUUAUUUGGACGCUCACACCCGAGGGAAAGAUUUUGAAUGAGUGGUUUGGCCGCUCAAUCAUCCGCUCUUGUGUGAAGCUGAGUUACGACCAUGCUCAGAGCAUGAUCGAGGCCCCUGAGAAGAUGUUCUCUGCUGAGGAGCUGCCACCCGUGGACCCCAUGCACCCUAUUGAUGAGGUCCACCAAGCAGUGCUCAACCUUCACACUAUUGCCAAGAACCUCAGAGCGCAACGUUUCUUAGGAGGAGCGCUCAGACUCGAUCAGCUGAAGCUUUCUUUCACUCUGGACAAAGAGACAAUGAUGCCUCAAGGUUGUUAUAUUUACCAAUACAGAGACAGUAACAAGUUGGUGGAGGAGUUCAUGCUGCUUGCUAACAUUGCCACAGCCAACCACAUUUACCGCAAAUUCCCCGAGUUGGCCUUGCUCAGGCGCCACCCUCCACCCAAAGCCAAGAUGAUGGAUGAGCUGCAAGAGUUGUGUGACCAGCUGGGAAUCAAAAUCGACCUGACUUCUGCCGGAUUAUUACACAAGAGUCUCAAUACUGCUUUUGGUGAUGACGAGUACACAAGUGCCAGAAAAGAAGUCCUCACCCACAUGUGCUCCAGACCAAUGCAAAUGGCGUUGUACUUUUGUACAGGAGUCGUGAAGGAGGAGCAGAAUUUUAAGCACUACGCCCUCAACGUUCCUCUCUACACACACUUCACAUCACCCAUCAGGCGCUAUGCUGACAUCAUCGUGCACCGGCUGCUGGCUUCUUCACUAAAAUGUGGGCCUCGAAUCAGCCUGUCAACAGCGGAGGUAGAGAAACAAGCGUCACACUGUAACGACAAGAAGGCUUUGUCCAAGAAAGUCCAGGAGCUCAGCUCAGAGCUCUUCUUUGGAGUCUUUGUGAAGGAGUCUGGCCCACUGGACUCUGAGGCCAUGGUGAUGGGGGUGCUGGAUCAGUCCUUUGAUGUGCUGGUGCUCCGAUAUGGAGUUCAGAAACGCAUCUAUUGCAAGUCUAUCACUGGCUUGGACGCAUUCCGCCAUCGUAAGGUGGGGAAGAAAUCCGAGCUGACACUGCUGUGGACUGCAGAGUCCCCGGAGGAUCCGCCUGUAGAGCAGGUCAUUUCCGUCUUCACUUUAGUGGAGGUGCAGCUCAAGUCGGAUGAUGCGCCUCUGAAAUACAGCGCAGUGCUCAAGAGACCCGAAGACAGCGCAUCAUAAACGUACAAACACUUGAAUGGAAGUCAGGAACAUUUUCUUCUGUUGGUUGCUAGGAAUAACAUUUUAUAGAGUGUAACGUGGAAGCAAUAAUUCAGUCAGAUCUGAGUCCGAUUUUAAUUUCAAUCUUCUCCAGUUGUGUU